AUGGCCGUCACAAUCACCACGGCGCACCCGGACGACCUGCCGGCCCUAGCAGAAAUCAACAGGCUGGCAUACUGCCGUGAGACAACAGCGCAGUUUGCCUUCAAGGACUGGCCCGACGACGCGAGCAUGCUCGAGUUCUUCAAGGCGCGACUUGCUGAGCGCUUUGAAAAUUCGGGUACGCAGGUUUUCAAGGCCGUUGACCCAGCCACAAGCACGAUUCUGGGAUUUGUCUGCUUGACGCUUGAGCAGGACAAGGAGGCUGGAAUCGAAUCACAGGAACCAGCAUUGAAAAUCACGCCUACUGCCAAGAUCAUGCAGCAGCUACCACCAUAUCUGAACCACGAGUUCGUCCUGAGAGCGGGGCGGAAGUAG